AUGGAUUCUUUAUCAUAUUAUGCCUUGGAAAUUUCUAGGGAAAUGCUGAAAGGAGAGUCAGUGAAUCCUACUAUUUUAGAUUUUCUUAAAAACUUUGCGGCGAAAUUAAACGUAAACAUAGAAGAUGAGGAAGAAGAUGAUUUAUUAAAGAGUGAUGAUGAAAUGGAGUUAGAAAACGCACGUGGUACAAUAUUAGGUAUGCAAAAUCAAAUAAAUAUCGAUAGAUCUAAUACACUUAAAAAACUUUAUGAAGAACCAGAAAAAUAUGAUGGUUCUACAGCAAGAACACACUUUGUUUCAAUUAAAAAGCCAUUAACAGUACAUGAAGUUGAAAAGAAAAAGAGAGAUCAAAAGGAAAGGCUUAAUAAAAUUCGUAAAAGCAUGUUUAAGCCUGUUAAACCAGAAACACUCAGACAAAAUCAAAAAGAACAAGAAAGUAUGCUUAGAAAGUUCGGAGUUAAGCCAUUUAAAGAAACUCUUCCAAAUCGCAACUUAGAAUUAAAGACAGAUCUUCAAAGAAGACAAGAUACUAGAAGGAGAUACGGAGAAACUCUUUCGGCCACUCAAAGACAGCGAAUUACUCAAAAACCUCAACAGAUUCCGAUAAAAGAAGAAAAACCAGCGCCGCCAUUCGAUCCAUCAUUAAAUGACUAUGUAAAUAAAAUCAACAAAGAAAUACAGUUAUACGAUAGCUUUAUUGAUGAUUUAGACAAAGAAAUUUCAAUUCCAUAUUUCGAUUUUCAAAGUCUUCACGCAAUGUUAGAUACUCCAUUCAAUCCUAACCAAAAUGGAACAGAUUACCAUAUGAGAUUUGCAAUUUUGUUCCAACAAUUAGAAACUCAAGAAGAAAGAAUCGAAGCAUUGAAGUCAGAACUGCAAUAA